AAUUAGUCAAAAAAUAUUAUUACUUCUGAAAUCUUUACAAAAGAUGUCUCAAUACGCGCCGUUUAUUAAGCCAUAUGUUCAAUAUAAUGAACAUGGCUGGGGUCCUUGCGAAGUGCCGGAAAUGGAUGUGCCAUAUCAGCCUUUCUGCAAGAGCGAUCGCCUCGGAAAGAUCUGCGAUUGGACUGUGGGGGCCCAGGAUAAGAAGUUCCUGAACAAAUAUGCCUCAACCUUUGGCAACAACAGCCAGUACGCGUAUUUCCAUGAAGACGACGACUCCACCUUCCAUCUGGUGAACAGUGCGCGCACCCAGAAGCCCUACCAGCGGGGACGCUAUCGUCCCAACUUGAGGAAUAAUACGCGUGGACGUGGACGGAACGUGCGUGGGAAUGCGGGAGCCAACAAUAAUGCUCCCGGUGGACCCAACACUGGAACGAAAUACGGCAAGGGACGCGAUGUGCGGCGCAUGGUGGGUCGUCGAUUCCCCCGCAAUGCGCCUGUGCGUCUGCGUGAAUCAUCGGUGCUAGUGCGGGCGGACUGGGUAUCCAUUGAGGAGAUAGAUUUCCCACGUCUGCUCAAGCUAACGCUGCCGAACAUCAAGGAGGGCGAGGAUGUGGCCAGCUGUGGUUCUCUCGAGUACUACGACAAGAUGUUCGAUCGCAUCAAUGUGAAGAACGAGCGAACGCUGCAGAAGAUCGAUCGCAUGAUCAAUGUGCCCAGCACAAUUGAUGAUCCGAUCAUACGUCGGCUUUCGAAGAGUAUCGGCAAUGUGUUUGCCACCGAUGAUAUUCUGGCCACGAUCAUGUGCUGCACUCGCUCCAACUACUCCUGGGACAUAGUGGUGGAGAAGCUGGGUACGAAGAUCUUUCUGGAUAAGCGCGACAGUGCCCAGUUUGAUUUGCUGACUGUGAACGAGACAUCUUUGGAGCCGCCUCUGGACGAGGAGGGCUCCAUCAACUCGCCACAGAGUCUCUCAAUGGAGGCCACCUUCAUCAAUCACAACUUUAGCCAGCAAGUGCUGAGAAUCGGCGAUGCCGAGCAGAAGUACAAGUUCGCGGAACCGAAUCCGUUCGAGGAGCCUGGAGUGGAGCUGGCCAGUGUUGGUUAUCGCUACAAACAAUGGAAUUUGGGCAACGAUAUCGUUUUGAUUGCACGCUGCAAGCACAAUGGCGUCAUUCAGUGUCCCAAUGGCGAGUUGCAGUUCCUCUCGAUCAAGGCUCUCAACGAGUGGGACUCAAAGGCCGCCAACAGCGUCGAGUGGCGUCAGAAGCUGGACACUCAGCGUGGAGCUGUGCUGGCCUCCGAGUUGCGCAACAAUGCCUGCAAGCUCGCCAAGUGGACUGUGGAGGCGGUGCUGGCCGGAUCGGAUCAGCUGAAGCUGGGCUAUGUAUCGCGCAUCAAUCCACGCGAUCAUCUUCGCCACGUCAUACUCGGCACCCAGCAGUUCAAGCCGCAGGAGUUCGCCACGCAGAUCAAUCUUAGCCUGGACAAUGCCUGGGGUGUCCUGCGCUGUCUCAUUGACAUCAUUAUGAAGCAGGCAGAUGGCAAAUAUUUGAUAAUGAAGGAUCCCAAUAAGCCGAUGAUUCGUCUGUACGAUAUACCGGACAAUGCCUUCGAUUCGGAUGCAGGCGAAGAAGAGGAGUCGAGCGAUGACAGGACCUACCCCAAGACCAAUGAUAAUUAGUUAAUAAUAAUGCCCAAGUGGAGAUUUUGAAACCUCUGCUGACAAUCACCAUACUUGUAUAAAAAUUGCAAUCCUUUUUCUGAUAUCAAUUACAAAUAAAUAAUACCACCGAUA